AUGGAUAUGGAGAUUGAUGACCCCAUGCACGGUUCUGGUGAGGAUCAGCUAUCACCCACGCUCGAUGAAGAUAUGAACGGCAAUGGAAACAAAAACAAUACGAAGACGCGUGACAAUGACGAAGACACAGACGAAGAGUUGGAAGAUUUUAAUUUCAAACCGGGUUCCUCAGGCAUAGCAGACCAUAAAUCUUCCAAACCGCUGGAAUUGACCAAUGCAAGUAUAAACCAACUUGACCAAUGGAUUGAGCAUUUGGGAAAAUGCGAGCCAUUGUCGGAAGACGACGUAGCUCGUUUAUGUAAGAUGGCAGUGGAUGUAUUGCAGUUCGAGGAGAAUGUUAAGCCAAUCAAUGUUCCCGUAACUAUAUGUGGGGACGUUCAUGGCCAGUUUCACGAUUUGUUAGAACUUUUCAAGAUUGGCGGUCCCUGCCCCGACACCAAUUACCUUUUCAUGGGCGAUUAUGUGGAUAGAGGAUAUUAUUCCGUUGAGACAGUUUCAUAUCUGGUUACCAUGAAAGUCAGAUACCCACAUAGAAUUACUAUACUGAGGGGUAAUCACGAGUCGAGACAAAUCACUCAAGUAUACGGGUUUUAUGACGAAUGCCUAAGGAAGUACGGUAGUGCAAAUGUAUGGAAAAUGUUCACCGAUCUAUUUGAUUAUUUCCCUAUCACAGCCCUAGUAGAUAACAAAAUUUUCUGUCUUCAUGGGGGUCUUUCUCCCAUGAUAGAGACCAUAGAUCAGGUCAGAGAGUUGAACAGAAUACAGGAAGUACCUCAUGAAGGGCCUAUGUGUGAUCUUCUAUGGUCCGAUCCUGAUGAUAGAGGUGGAUGGGGAAUCAGUCCCAGAGGGGCAGGGUUUACUUUUGGCCAAGACAUUAGUGAACAAUUUAAUCAUACUAAUGAUUUAUCACUAAUUGCAAGAGCUCACCAGUUGGUCAUGGAAGGCUAUUCUUGGUCGCACCAACAAAACGUUGUUACCAUCUUUAGUGCCCCAAAUUACUGUUAUAGAUGUGGUAACCAAGCCGCUAUUAUGGAGGUAGAUGAAAAUCAUAACAGACAGUUCUUACAAUACGACCCAUCUGUAAGACCCGGUGAACCAACCGUUACUAGAAAGACACCGGAUUAUUUCUUAUAA